AUGCAUUCACUGAAGAGGUCUUACGGCUCCACACGUCGUGCGGGGGCGUCGGGAGUGGGCGCCCAAUGGGAGGCGGAUCACGACCCCCGGCGCACCCGUAACGUCGGCAUAAUAGCCCACAUCGACGCCGGAAAGACCACUACGACAGAGCGGAUGCUGUACUACUCGGGCGGCACCGACAUUAUGGGCGAAGUGCACGACGGAGACACUGUCAUGGACUACAUGUCGUUGGAAAGGGAAAGGGGUAUCACUAUCACGUCCGCCUCCACCACCUUUCACUGGAAAGGGCAUCGCGUGAACCUCAUCGACACCCCCGGCCACGUGGACUUUACCGUAGAGGUGGAACGGGCUCUCAGUGUACUGGACGGGGCCGUCACUAUACUGGACGCGUCGGCCGGUGUAGAGGCACAGACACUGACGGUGUGGUCACAGGCGCACCGGUACGCCAUCCCUAGGAUUGUCUAUUUGAAUAAAAUGGAUAAGAAUUCUGCAGUUUUUGAAGAUUGUAUUCAUAGUAUUGAACGAAAAUUGUGUGCAAAACCAUUGCCAAUACACGUGCCGUUAGGCACAGGAAAGGCAUUUAACGGUGUCAUCGAUUUGGUGUCUAUGGAGAGACACGUCUGGCCUCGCGAUGACAGCGACGGCAAAGAGUUUAUUACCACUCCAUUGACAUCGAGUGAUGAUAUGUUCACUAAAGCACAGAAUCUUCGCGAAGAACUGAUCGGUUCUAUCAGUGAUUUAGACGACAAGUUAUCCGAAGAGAUACUGAGCGCCAGUACUGUCGCAGACAUUAGCGUACAGUCGGUGCAGAACGCUGUGAGGCGGGUCACUAUCAGACAACUAGGCUUUCCUGUGCUGUGCGGCAGUUCCUAUAAGAAUACAGGCGUUCAGUUGCUUCUGGACUCCAUUUGUCGCUACUUUCCGAGUCCUUUAGAAAAAGUACGACAAAUACAGGCCCUAUAUUCGGGCCAAUUGUGUGCCUUUGCCUUCAAAAUUAUUUUCGACAAAAGGUUGGGUUGUGUGACCUUUGUGCGCCUAUACUCCGGCGACUUAAAGGCCGGGCAAUCCAUGUUUAAUAUAAAUCGCGACAAAUCCGAGAAAAUUCAUAAACUAUUCGUCGCUUUUGCGGAUGACUUUCGAGAAGUUUCUCGCGUCAGCGCCGGUAAUAUAGCGGUCGUUACCGGUCUCUCGCACACCAUUACCGGCGAUACGUUAGUCACAUCCCAGUCGGUGGCCAAUGACGCGAAACGCAUGUUUGAACAAAAGCGGACAGACAUUGAGCCAGUAUUUGGUGGCCUAUCAGUGCCCGAACCCGUAUUCUACUGCUCCAUAGAGUCGCCCUCACUCUCCAAGUUAAAGGACUUGGAGUUAGCAUUGGCUCACUUGCAGAGAGAGGACCCGUCCUUUAAAGUACUGUCCGAUAAAGAGUCGGGACAGACAGUGAUCAAAGGGAUGGGAGAACUGCAUAUAGAGGUACAAGCCUGGGGAAGUCCACAGUAUAGCCCUCUGUUAGCGACUGAGACACCACGAGACACUGGAUUGAAGAAGUGGUUGACGAGUGAAUUGGUUCGCGUUGUGGUCACCAAAGACAAUGAUUUGGGAAAACUAAGGGCCGACCACUUGAAGGCUAUAGAAGCCGGUGUACAAAAUGGACUCGAUUUUGGUCCCAUACUGUCGUUCCCUGUCAUGGAUGUUGCCGUCGAUUUGCUAUGGUUUGAGACCACAUCCCGCACAACCAUUCCUAUGAUUAUAUCGACUGUCAAUCAAUGUGUGACCAAUUGUCUGAAGAAGGCUUCUCCGCAACUGCUCGAGCCUUACAUGAGUCUCGAGAUCACAACUCCCGAGCAAUAUAUCGGAGCCAUUAUUAGUGACCUUUCGGUGAGAAGAUCACAAAUCGGUGACAUGAGCUCAAAGGGUGACCUCCAAGUGGUGAACGCAGUGACCCCUCUAUCAGAUCUAAUCAAUUAUUCCACGUUUGUUCGAACUCUCACCUCAGGAACCGCUAGUUUUUCGAUGCAUUUCGAGUCUUAUCGUCACAUGAGUGAUGCCGACCAACACAAAGCCAUACAACGAACCUCUGAUAAACCACUAAUGAAUUCCACAAAACCAUUGUCUUUAUUGGACAUCAGUUUCAGAGCGGUGUUCAACGUAUGCUCCAAAUGUGACGCCAAGCGCCGGCUGUUUGAGUGGCAAAAGUAUUGGCAAAUGAUUAGCGAACUGCCGGCCACUCUGAAGGCUCGACUGGUCGGAGAUUUGUCUAAAAGGCAACUCUUGAGCGAUGAGAACAUCCCUUAUCUCAUAACCAAUGAACUCAUUGUCUUAAAUCUGAACGACUGCUUAAAAAGUGAUUUCACCGUCAAUUUGAUUAGACGGCACUGUCAUAGGCUUAAGUACCUGGACUUAGGCGCCCGUAUUUCCAACUAUAAUAUGGUGUCGGCGCCCGCACUGACCCCACUGUUCACUGUGUGCAGCGGUUUAGAGGAGUUGAGGCUUAGUAACUGUAUUGAAGUCAACGAUUCAGUGGUGGACAGUAUUACGCAAAACUGUCCGCACCUACAGGUACUGCAACUGUGCGGCUGUAGUAUUACAGACAGAGCCGUCAAAUUGAUUGCAGACAACUGUCCACACCUGAGGAGUCUGGACAUGAGUCGGACGCCUAUAUCGGACGACGGACUCUGCUAUUUCGCAUCGGGUGUCUGCUCUAAGAAUAUUAGGGAACUACUGGUCAACGAGUGCUCGUAUGUGACGGUAACCAGUGUUCAACAAUUGGUCAACUGUUGCCCAAAACUGGACAUAUUUUGCUUCAACGGCACCAGAGCUACGAUGGAGUCCUUCUAUGAAGUGAUCACUCGACCACUGAAUAUCAGGUUUGAAGUCUAGCCUCAGAUUCCUCUGUAAUAUAGAUCUUAUUAUCGACUAAUUUAUUGUUUAAACGUUUCUAAAAAGUUUUAAAACACAGUUUUAUACCAUUUAUUGUUUUUAUAAACUAAUCCCU